AUGGUGAAUCAACAUUCUUCAUCUUCUUCCUCGCUCGGAAUUCCAGUCCUUUUAUUUUUGUUAUUGUUGUUGUUAUCUCCCACAGUUCUUGCCAAGUCUCGUCGCCCAAUCUCUGAUUUUGAGACGAGGCAGAAGAAGAACCAGUGUUAUGCAGAUAUUGAGAGCGGAUUGUGGGGUUGGCAAUGUAAGUCUUCUUUGAUAGCAAAAGAGAAUUGUGCUUUGCGAUGCCUUUCUUCAACUUGUUAUGAGCUUGUCUACGAGAGUGAUCCGCUUGAAGAAGGAGAGAAAGAUCUAGUUAGGGGCCAAGAGUUCAAGUACUGUAUGCACAACGGAUUGUGGGGUUGGCAAUGUAAGUCUUCUUUGAUAGCAAAAGAGAAUUGUGCUUUGCGAUGCCUUUCUUCAACUUGUUAUGAGCUUGUCUACGAGAGUGAUCCGCUUGAAGAAGGAGGGAAAGAUCUAGUUAGGGGCCAAGAGUUCAAGUACUGUAUGCACAAUGUUGGUGGUGCUCAUCAAGGCCAGUCUCCCGUGGGAGAAGACCGUUCUUUAAUGGGAAUUGAGGGAUACGAUGGUGGAAUGGAUUUUUGA